AUGCCGGCCGCCGAGCGCACACCGCAGACGCUCUACGACAAGGUCUUCCAGGCCCACAUUGUCGACGAGAGACUCGACGGCACUAUCCUCCUCUAUAUCGACCGCCACUUGGUACACGAGGUCACAUCACCACAAGCAUUCGAGGGUCUCGAAGUCGCCGGCCGUAAGGUCAGGAGACCGGAUUGCACCCUCGCCACAACCGACCAUAAUGUCCCCACCACUUCCAGAAAAGCACUCAAAGAUAUUGCGAGCUUCAUCCAAGAAGACGACUCACGGACACAAUGUGUAACUCUGGAGGAGAACGUCAAGAAGUUCGGCAUCACAUACUUUGGCCUCAGUGACAAGAGGCAGGGCAUUGUCCACGUCAUCGGCCCCGAGCAGGGCUUCACCCUCCCCGGCACGACCGUGGUCUGCGGUGACAGCCACACGUCGACCCAUGGCGCUUUCGGCUCCCUGGCCUUUGGCAUCGGCACCAGCGAGGUGGAGCACGUUCUCGCGACACAAUGUUUGAUUACCAAGCGCAGCAAGAACAUGAGGAUACAAGUCGACGGCGAGCUGGCCCCCGGCGUCAGCUCCAAGGACGUGGUCCUCCACGCCAUCGGCAAGAUUGGCACCGCCGGCGGCAACGGCGCCGUCAUCGAGUUCUGCGGCUCCGUCAUCCGCUCCCUCAGCAUGGAGGCCCGCAUGUCCAUCUGCAACAUGUCCAUCGAGGGUGGCGCGAGGGCCGGCAUGGUUGCCCCCGACGAGGUGACCUUCGAGUACCUCAAGGGGAAGCCGCUGGCUCCCAAGUACGGCAGCGAGGAGUGGGAGAGGGCCAUUUCUUACUGGAAGUCGCUGCGGUCCGACCCCGAUGCCAAGUACGAUAUUGACGUCUUCAUUGACGCCAAGGACAUCAUCCCCACCGUUACCUGGGGUACCAGCCCUGAGGACGUCGUCCCCAUUACCGGCGUCGUCCCGGACCCGGAGACCUUUGCGACCGAGGCCAAGAAGGCCGGCGGCCGCCGGAUGCUCGAGUACAUGGGCCUAGUCCCCGGAACCCCGAUGCAGGAGGUCGAAGUCGACAAGGUCUUUAUUGGUUCUUGCACCAACUCGAGAAUUGAGGAUCUCCGCGCCGCGGCGCUUGUGGUCAAGGGCAAGAAGAUUGCUUCCAACAUCAAGCGCGCUUUGGUCGUACCCGGGUCCGGCCUAGUCAAGGACCAGGCCGAGGAGGAGGGGCUCGACAAGAUUUUCGUCGAUGCCGGGUUCGAGUGGCGGGAGGCCGGGUGCAGUAUGUGCCUGGGAAUGAACCCCGAUAUCCUGUCGCCCAAGGAGAGGUGCGCCAGCACCAGCAACCGGAACUUCGAGGGCCGGCAGGGUGCCCAGGGCCGGACUCACCUCAUGUCUCCCGUCAUGGCCGCCGCUGCCGCCAUCGUCGGCAAACUCGCCGACGUCCGGAAGAUCUCCCAGUUCAACGGCAGCCCGCACAUCGAGGCCGCCGUCGCCCCAGAAUCCACCACCUUCUCCGGCUCCUCCGCCUCCGGGAAGGCCCACCCCGACGAGCGCAUCGAAACCGACGACACAGAAAAGGAGGCCCUGGCCGACCAGCCCCAAGACUCGUCCCCGCAAGUUAACACCACCGUCACCCACAACAGCGGCAGCCCCGCCGCCGCCGCCGGCCUCCCUAAAUUCACCAUCCUCAAGGGCAUCGCGGCGCCGAUGGAGAAGGCCAACAUCGACACGGACGCCAUCAUCCCCAAGCAGUUCCUUAAGACCAUCAAGCGCACGGGCCUCGGCACCGCCCUCUUCUACGAGAUGCGCUUCCUCGAGCCGGGCGUCGAGAACCCCGACUUCGUCCUCAACCGCGAGCCCUACCGCGGCGCCAAGAUCCUCGUCUGCACCGGCGCCAACUUUGGCUGCGGCUCGUCGCGCGAGCACGCGCCCUGGGCUCUCAACGACUUUGGCAUCAAGAGCGUCAUUGCCCCGUCGUUUGCCGACAUCUUCUUCAACAACUCGUUCAAGAACGAGGAUGCUGCCGAUCCCGAUCAAGAACAAAGGAGGACCUGGAGAAGGUCCACGCCGAGGCCGUGGCCGGGAGGGAGGUCGAGAUCGACCUGCCAAACCAACUCAUCAAGGACGCCGACGAGGAACACCCUGUGCUCGUUCGAUGUGGAGGAGUUCAGGAAGCACUGCCUGGUGAACGGGCUCGACGACAUUGGCCUGACCAUGCAGAUGGAGGACAAGAUCGCCGAGUUUGAGAGCAAGAUGACGCGCGAGACCCCGUGGCUGGACGGGUCGGGCUACCUGAAGCGCAAGGGCGCGGGGGGGAAGCUGGCCGUCAAGGCGGCGCCCGUGCCCAAGACGAACAGGGGGGAUGUGAAGACGGAGCCGUUGGAGUGGUGA